UAGAAAAUGAACAGCUACAGUCAGAUGGGCUACAGCCAAUCACCCUCACAGCAGCCAACUCAACAGCCAGCCUCUGUUCAGAAUAUCUACACACAAGCCCAAGCUCAGCAGACAGCCCAGAAUGUAAACUCAAGCCAAUUAGGACAGACGAAGAAGCGUCAGUCAGAUCUAGAGGAAGCAUUGAAGCAGUACAAGAAAAAGAGACCAACUGAUAGAUCACUACCACCGUCAAUCCAAGGAAUAGAUUCAGUUAGAGAGCAGUCAAAAAUGUACGAUGAUCUACUCAGAUUCGAGAAGAGGCUCGAUAUGAUUUCCGCUCAUAAGAGGUCCCAAAUACAUGACAGCCUUCAGCGUCCAGCCAAAACAACCAGACAACUCCGUGUUUUCAUCUCAAACACCGCGUCUGGUCAACCUUGGCAACAACAACAAGAUGGUGUUGUCAAUUUCGAAACCGGAACUGGUAUACCUGCCUGGACACUCAAGAUUGAGGGUAGAUUGUUAGACGGUAAUACAACAAAAGCCAACCGCGGACCACCUAGGAAGUUCUCCUCUUUGUUGAAGUCUAUGAUUGUCGAGUUCGAUCGUGAUAGCUCACUUUACCCUGAAUCUUCAAUCGUUGAAUGGCAUAGACAACCCGCUGAACCUGAAAAAGAUGGUUUUGAAAUAAAGAGAAGAGGUGAUCAAUCAUUGAAAGCUAGGAUUAUUAUACAUUUGGAUCAUAUACCAGAAAAAUAUGGUAUUAGUGAACCACUUUCUCAACUCUUGGGUAUCAAAGAAGAUUCAAGAGCUGGUAUUAUCACUCACAUGUGGGCAUACGUCAAGCAAAACAAUCUCCUUGACAAGGAGGAUAGAAGGAUCAUCAAAGCUGAUGAUAAUUUAAAGAGCAUAUUCGGUUGUGAUUCUAUAUAUUACCAUCAACUACCUGAAGUCGUACAAAAGUUUUUGUUGCCUGUUGACCCAGUUGUUUUAGAGUACAAUAUUAUGGUCGACAAAGAGCAAACCUUCGCAGAACAUGCUUAUGACAUUGAGGUUGACGUUGAGGACCCAAUUAAGCAGAAGAUGAACAACACUAUUUCAACUUACAUGCCAAAUCAUGAAUUAUCACAAAAAAUCAGUCAAUUAGAUGAAGAAAUUAGCCAAUCAGCUGUAGCUGUUAGAAACGCAGUAAUAAAGAGAGACUUCUUAGAUGAGUUUAGCAAAGAUUCAGCUGCGUUUAUCAAGAACUGGAUCAAUAGUCAAUCUAGAGAUCUCGAUUUGAUACUCGGUACUGAACACGCGAAUGUGCCAUUAGAGGAAAUGCGUAGAGCAGAUUUCUAUCGUCGUGAUUGGGUACAAGAGGCAAUAAUCGUCGCAGAGUCGAAAUUGUACGCCGAGAAGAAGAGCAAAUUGAGUCAAGUAAACCCAGUAAACUAAUAGCUACAUGUAAUCUUUUGUAUUUAUUCAUCAUUUCAGAAUCCAAGAAA